AUGGCAACAGAAGCUCAUUCGAAGAACGUCGCCUUAAUGACGUUCCUCCUUUUGUGUCUGGCCAGUCCGGUUGUAAUGGGAUCACGCGAACGAAAAAUCACAGCAAAACUUUUAGAGGGUUAUCCUGAUGACUUCAAAUUAGAUCCAUUCAUCCGCGUUGGUAAAAAACUAUAUCAUUUCGGCCAAUCAAAGGUAUCAUGGUACAAAGCUAAUGUGAUAUGUCGGUCUAUGGGUGGCGACUUAGCCUCAUUCGACAGUGCAGAGGAAAUCAAGGAACUUUCAGAUCAUUUAAAAUCAAAAUAUCCCAGGGAUCGAUGGUGGUGGUUAUCAGGAUCUGAUUUACACUCUGAAGGCGAUUUUUUAUGGUACCGAACUGGCGAACGUAUUACAUAUGCUGAUUGGUCGCGUGGGCAACCUGAUAAUGCCGGUGGCAAUGAGAAUUGUGUCCAUUUGUGGUACAGGGAACCUAAAUACGAAAUGAAUGACUGGGUUUGCAAACUGGAUGCAUUUUAUAUUUGCCAAGCCAAUAAGCCAACUACAGUUGUGGUCAGCGUAUACUAA